CAGUGAACAUCUUCGAAUGACGAGUCGCGCCAUAAGACUUUAACAAUCCAGAUUUAUAUUUAUUUCUUAUAUUGACAUAUCUUAUUUUUAAAUGAAAGGCGUUCUUUUUCUCAUAUUUUUGGGCUUUCAAAGCCAAAUCAAAGCCUUUAAUUUUUCACCAUAUCCGAACCUAGUGAUAAAUCACCCAAAACAUUUAAAGACACACUUAAAUCCAACGAGGAGCUCCUACUUUGGAUUCUCGUUAGUUAUCCGUCCAAAAAGCGUCAUAGUAGGAGCUCCACGAGCUCAAUCCACAUUGGAGUCACAGAGCACCAUCAACGAGACUGGUGCGAUAUAUCGGUGCUCCCUGGUGGAAGGUGACUGUACUCCGUAUGUCUUGGAUUCCGAGGGAAAUGUAAAUGCCCCCGACAAAGGGGACACCUAUGACUCAAAGCGCAAGGACUUUCAGUGGCUGGGCGGAGCGAUGGACGGUGGCACCGGGGAUACGGAUAAGCUUAUCGCGUGUGCCCCUCGAUUCUAUGCGCCCACUUUAUCGGCCUACCAUCUUCACGGAAUCUGCUACUGGGUUCAAAACACACUGAGCAGCAAACCGGAGAAUGUGAACGUUAUCUCUCCACUUCGCUCGAAAAAAGAGCAAUUGACCAAUAGGACAAUUACCUUAUUCCUAAUGGGCGAACUAGGACUCAGUGCCCAUGUGGCCAGGGAUAACUCAACUUUCCUGAUGGGAGCUCCAGGCAUCCACAACUGGAAGGGUUCGGUGAUAGUAGACCGACACGGGUUUCCCGGUCACAGUGAAACCUCCGUUCCCAUGCCCAGAACGUGGCAGCAAAGGGAUAACUCCUACUUUGGCUAUGCAGUCGCUUCUGGUUAUUUUGACAGUGCGAAUCCAUCGACUCUCCUCUACGUAGGCACUGCUCCUCAGGCCAACAUGCGAUUCGGAGAGGCCUUUAUCUUCGAUGUUCGAGGAAAAACCAUCCGAAAGUUGCAAUAUUUCCGGGGAAGGCAGUUCGGCGAAUAUUUUGGCUACUCCGUUCUGGCAGAAGAUCUCAAUGGAGACGGAAAAACAGACCUCAUCAUAUCUGCACCCUUAAAUGCUUUCGAAGAUUCCCGCGAGAAUGGCGUCAUCUAUGUGUUUAUCAACCAGGGUCUGCUAAAGUUUGAGCGGACGACUGUAAAAUCGCCAGUGAGUGGUUACGCUCGUUUUGGAACAACUCUUUCGCCUCUCGGCGAUAUCAAUCACGACGGAUUUAAUGAUGUGGCCGUGGGUGCUCCCUUUCUCGGAAACGGAUCGGUGUUUAUAUACUUAGGCAGCGAAAAAGGAUUGGGGGACAAGCCGAGCCAGCGACUUGAUGAUCCUAACCAUCAGUUUUCCGAGUACGGAUCUCACAUGUUCGGACACGGUCUCUCGCGCGGAUUGGACAUAGAUGGUAACGGAAUCAAUGACUUUGUCAUCGGAGCCCCCAAUGCGGAAGUCUCCUAUCUGUACCGCUCCUAUCCCGUGGUGAAAAUACAUGCCGCAAUCAAGUCGGAAUCGCGACAGAUAAAACCGGAUCAGGAAAAGUUAAAUAUCUCCGCCUGCUACCGACUGAGCACCACUCACGAUUCAAAGGAGCUGAUGGAGCAAGAGAUUGACAUCCGGAUUGCCAUCGAUAAGAAACUUCGUAGAGUUAUGUUUCUCGAGAACCUGCAUUUCUUUAAAGCGAAUGCGGGUCUCCAAGAGCAAUGCCGGCACUUUGAGGUUCAAAUGAUACGGAAGGCCAUAUUCACCGCCAUUAAUCUCGAGAUGCACUUCGAGCUGGCCAGAAAAAUUCCAGUAUCGGGAGAAUUCUGCGAAGCCUGUGCGGUUGUAGAUCCCAUGGAUCCUACGGUUUCAACGGAUCAAAUUACUUUCUCCAACGGCUGUAAAAAAGAUGUUUGCGACGUUGAUUUAGAGCUGAAGAGCCGGGAAAUCAGGCCUAUUCUCGUGUUGGGUACCACUGAUAUCCUUCGUGUGAGUUACCAGAUCACCAACAAAGGAGAAAACGCCUAUCAGACUCAAUUCAACGUGACCAGUUCUCUCCACCUGCCGUUUGCUCAGAUCCCAGGAAACUGCAAGAUCUUUGAAUUGGCUAUGAUAUGCGACCUUAACCAUGGACGUCCUUUGGCGAAACGUGAUAACGAUUCCAUUACCAUCAGUUUCGAUGUGAGCCAACUGAGUGGUAAGUCCCUGAUCAUAGAUGCCGAAGUUUUUAGUGCUGGUAUCGAGAUGAAUUCCAAGGACAACAAACAAACGGAUGUAAUCGACCUGAAGGAGUUUACCGAAAUCGAUGUCAGCGGUGGUCAAGCGAACGAUCGAAGUGUUUUGGAAAAGUAUCCAUACUCUGCCGAAAUUAUAAACAAUUACGAGAUCAAAAGCAAUGGUCCCAGUGUUAUCGAAGAAUUGACAAUACUCUUUAACUUCCCUAUAGCAUAUAGAGAUUCAGAAUCUUUAGCAGUUAUACCCAUCAUUAGUAUAAGUAGCCUAAAGGCGCAUGCCACCUACGAUUCCCAUUUGUUGCCCAUUAAGCUGUUCGAUCAGAAUAAUACCCAGCUCAAUUUGUACCCAAUCGAGGGCCAGCACUCACGAAACCGAAGGGAUAUUAAUGGCUCCACCUCUAUUCAAGAGCCAUAUGCCCAAAUAUCAAAUUUUGGAAAACAUGAUCUACCCAUGAAUCGCACCAUUGUGUUUAAGUGCCGGGAAACUAAUACGACAAUUUGCGUCCGGGGCGAAAUGAACCUUCGAUUUAUCCCGGAUAAGGUCAUUAACCUAAGCAUAAGCUUUAUUGUGGAUCUAAGUGAAGUGAAGGAUCCCUGGAAUUACUUUGUUAUUAUGACAGACCUCGAACUGAUCAAGAAGGACGACCCCACAUCAAGCACUUUUGUGAUAAAUCGUAAAAUCGAACCAAAUGUUAUAUUCAAGCCUUUGGAGACUAAACUCCCCAUCGGGCUUAUAAUUUUGUCCAUAAUCGGUGGUCUUUUGUUGUUCUUGGCAAUAACCUAUGCUCUUUUUAAGUUUGGAUUUUUUAAACGCACCAAAAGGGAUGAACUGAACAAGCUGGUUCGACAAAGCCUUAUGGAGAAUAUACCGCGAAUUGAGGAGGAGGACUCUCUAGACGAGGAGGACUCUCUAGACGAGGAGGACUCUCUAGAGGAGGAGGACUUUCUAAACUACUCAAAAUACGAAUUAACCAAGAUGCAUAAACUGAACAAGCUGGAUCGACAAAACCUUAUGCAGAAUACACCGCGAAAUGAGGAAGAGGACUCUCUAGACGAGGAGGACUUUCUAAACUACUCAAAAUACGAAUUAACCAAGAGGGAUGAACUGAACAAGCUGGAUCGACAAAACCGUAUGCAGAAUACACCGCGAAAUGAGGAAGAGGACUCUCUAGACGAGGAUGACUUUCUAAACUACGCAAAAUACGAAUUAAAGGGUAAUUGUUUACAAGUGCGUUGCACGGUAAAUCAGCUUAAACAAUAAA